AUGGAACCACUAUCUAAUAUCGAUAGCGAAGGCGAUAACACCAACGUUCUAGUUAGUAGUGUCUCUGGAGAUACCAUUCUUCACAUGUGUGCACUAUGCUUCCAAACUGACAUUAUGAACCAACUGUUGAGAAUAAUGCCGGCGGCAAAAAGGUUACUGUCAGUGCCUAAUAGGAAAGGGAACACAGUGUUACAUGAGGCAGCCAGGACGGGUAUUGUAGAGAUGGCGAUGUUAAUCUUAGAGAAAGAAGUAGAUGGUGGAGGAGAUCAAGUGUUGAUAUCAGUUCCCAACUUAAAUGGUGAGACACCUAUAUACUGGGCAGCAAUGUAUGGACAUAAAGAUAUGUUGUUAUUUUUAAAUACAACUGCCACUAGCAGAGGAAUCGCAAGCACAUUCACAUCCACAUCAAGGAUUGGCCCAUUGACAACGAGGAAUGAUGGCUCAAUAAUUCUUCAUGCUGCUAUUCUUGCGGAAUUUUAUGGUAACAAACAAUAUUCAUGCAGAUUCUGCUUGGUAGCAGGGUUUGCUUGA